UACCGACCGAGCAUUUGUCACCACAUGCGCGGCAGGCUGCGCGAUUUAUAAAUUUCGUACCAAAUGGUAGCGGACACAAAUCUAUAAUCGUCGGAACUAAAAAUGUCAGCUGCAUCUGUAAGCAGCUCGAUAGUUAACGCAAAUGAAAACAGCAAUAACAGGACAGACGACAGUGAUAAAAAUAAAAUGUCUAGUGUUAAAAAGAAAAGGGAUGUAAAUACGAACAGUGGGAAUGAUACAAUUAUAAAAGUGAAAAGUGUUAUUCCUAGACGAAGACAAGAGCUGCUGAAAUGGUGGGGCUGGGGCUACAAGGACUCCAAGUUCGAGCUGAUCGACCAGGCGGCGCGAUUCACAGGCGACAGAUACUUAAUAGGCGGGAAAUCCCUCCCGCACUUCGCCCCAUGGGUGAUUCAGAACCUCAACAUCGACCUCAGCAAGCAACCCAAAACCACGCCACUUCCCACCUCGUACCCUGACAGCAGGCUGCCCAGCAACGUUCGCGAGGAGUUGGAGACGAUAGCGCUGGUCAGCGUGGACGGGAUGGACCGGCUGAUUAGGGCGCAUGGGCAGACACUUAGUGACAUGGCGCAGCUCAGGAGCAACAGCUUCCCGAGGAUACCGGACGCUGUUAUAUGGCCGGAGUGCCAUGAGGAUGUCGUAAAGAUAGUCUCACUCGCAACUAACCACCAGUUCGUGAUAAUCCCGUUCGGCGGAGGUACUUCAGUAUCUGGCUCCAUCACGUGUCCGGCCCGUGAGCCGCGUCCCAUCGUGGCCCUCGACACGAGCGGGAUGAACUCCAUCCUGUGGAUCGACCGCGACCAACUCCUGGCGCGCGUGCAGACGGGUAUAGUUGGGCAAGACCUGGAGCGUGAGAUGCGCGCCCGCGGUCUCACCGUAGGCCACGAGCCAGAUUCCUACGAGUUUUCGACUUUAGGAGGAUGGGUGGCCACUAGGGCCAGCGGGAUGAAGAAGAACACCUACGGCAACAUCGAGGACCUUAUUCUUCAGACCAAGACGGUGACACCAACAGGCGUGCUAGAAAAGAGUUGUCGCGUGCCGCGCAUCUCGUGCGGGCCGGAGUGGGAGCACGUCAUCAUGGGCUCGGAGGGGUGCUUCGGGGUCGUCACUGAGGUGACGAUAAAAGUGCGUCCCCUGCCGCCGGUGACCCGCUACGGCUCGCUCGUGUUCCCGGCGUGGGAGCACGGCGUGGCCUUCGAGCGGGAAGUGGCCGAGAAGCGGCUGCAACCGUCCAGCAUACGGCUCAUGGACAACGACCAGUUCCGUUUCGGUCUCGCGCUCAAGUUCGAAUCGUCGUGGGGCGGCGUGAUCCUUGACGGCCUCAAACACUUCUACAUCACUCGCAUCAAGGGCUUCGAUCCGGCUAAACUAUGCGUCGUCACGCUACUGUUCGAGGGGGAAUCCGAGGAGGUGACCGAGCGGGAGAAAACGAUCAACGCCAUCGCGGCUAAACAUGGCGGCGUGCCGGCGGGUGCCACCAAUGGAGAGAGGGGAUACACGUUCACAUUUGUCAUCGCUUAUAUUCGGGACCUGGCCCUGGACUACAGCGUGGUAGCGGAGUCGUUUGAGACGUCUGUGCCCUGGGACCGCACGCUGGCGCUGUGCGCCGCCGUCAAGCGCCGCGUGCGCGCCGAGUGCGAGCGUCGCGGGGUCCAGCACUACCACAUCUCGUGCCGUCUCACACAGACAUAUGACGCCGGAUGUUGCAUUUACUUCUACUUCGGAUUCAACUCGUCGUCGUUCAAGGACCCCGUUGCGAUGUAUGAAGAUAUCGAAGAGGCCGCUCGAGAUGAAAUUAUCGACUGUGGUGGUUCAAUAUCCCAUCACCAUGGUGUUGGUAAACUUCGAAAAAAAUGGUACAAAGAUACAGUAAGCGAACCCGGGAGAAGAUUAUUACUCGCCGCUAAGCAAACUCUAGAUCCCGACAAUAUUUUUGCCCUCGGAAACAUGGCGUUUGGCGAAGACAAACACGAAGAGGCAAUAGUUAAAAGUAAACUAUAA